GAUGGUUAUUUCGUGACCAGAAAAAAAGGAAACGAUGGUGAAAGACGCCCUUCGGCCAAAGAGUAUUCGUUGUAAUAAAAAAUAAUAAAAACCUGCCUAGUUUGAAGACUCUUUCUAGGCCAGAGUCUCUCCUCUUCUUAUUCUUUUUCUCCAGCCUCCAAGGUAUGAAUGACGCUCAAAGUUUGUAACAGAAUCUGGCGGCGGUAAAUCAAAAUCUCUCACAGAAAUGAGUAUGUUUCUAGCACGUCGUUUGGUAACAAGAUGCUUCUCCUCCCGUCCUCUCCACGUCUGCAUCGUUGGCAGCGGACCUGCUGGUUUCUACACUGCCGACAAGUUGUUGAAGGCACAUGAAGGAGCACGUAUUGAUAUAAUUGAUCGAUUGCCCACACCUUAUGGACUUGUUCGGUCCGGUGUUGCCCCUGAUCAUCCUGAAACUAAGAUUGCCAUUAAUCAAUUUUCUCGCGUGGCACAACACGAGCGUUGCGCUUUUUACGGGAAUGUAAAGCUUGGUUCCGACUUAUCACUUUCUGAGCUGCGGGAUUUGUAUCACGUGAAGCAUGGUCUGUUCAGGUUGUACUUGCAUAUGGUGCUGAAACUGACAAAGAUCUUGGCAUUCCAGAGUUUGGGUGGUGUGUUCUCCGCAAGAGAAUUCGUCUGGUGGUACAAUGGGCAUCCCGACUACAGUAGUUUGAAACCUGACUUGAAAAGCUCUGACAAAGCUGUUAUUCUUGGCCAGGGUAAUGUAGCUCUAGAUGUUGCUCGGAUUCUCUUAAGACCGACAACAGAAUUGGCGUCAACUGAUAUAGCUACUCAUGCUUUAUCUGCGCUGGAAGAAAGUUCUAUAAGGAAGGUGUAUCUUGUUGGAAGACGGGGGCCAGUUCAAGCAGCAUUGACUGCUAAAGAGCUUCGAGAAAUUCUAGGGAUUAAGAAUUUACACAUUCGAAUAAAGGAAACUGACUUGAGUGUAACUCCUGCUGAUGAGGAAGAAAUGAAAAACAGUAGAGCCAGGAAGAGGAUCUAUGAAUUACUGUCAAAGGCUGCAGCAGCAGCAGGAACAUUCGAAGGAGACUGUGGUCAACGAGAGCUUCACUUUGUUUUCUUCCGCCAGCCUGAGCGGUUCUUAGAGUCAGAUGAAAGCAAGGGUCGUGUUUCUGGUGUAAACUUGGAGAAAACCAUUCUUGAAAGUGUUGGAAGCGGAAAGCAAAUUGCAGUUGGUACAGGAGAGUUUGAAGAUAUUAACUGCAGUAUGGUGUUGAAAGCCAUUGGUUACCAGUCGGUUCCAAUCAACGGUUUACCCUUUGAUCACAAGAAAGGUAUUGUCCCGAAUGUAAGAGGUCGAGUGGUUAGUACAGAGCCAGGCUUGUACGUAUGUGGAUGGCUCAAAAGAGGACCAGUAGGCAUAAUUGCCACAAACCUUUACUGCGCAGAAGAAACAGUUGGUAGCAUAAGCCAAGACAUUGAAGAAGGAGGUGUUGGUAAAAGCGAAAAAGAAGGAAGCAAGGGACUGAUGCAGUUGCUUGAGAAGAAAGAGGUGAAGAUGGUAGAUUUUAGUGGUUGGGAGAAGAUUGAUGCCAAAGAAAAACAAAUGGGUAUUGACAGAAAUAAACCAAGAGAAAAAUUAGUUACAUGGGAAGAUCUUUUAGCAGCAGCAUCAGCAGACAGCUAGGAUUUCUUAGCAUUGGUGUGCUGAUUUAUUGAAUUAUAUUUUUCUUGUCAACAAAAUGAAUAAGCGACUUACAACAACCAUAUGAUUGUUAUUGGCACAAGUAUGGACAACAAAAGCCAUUCGGUGCAUUUUAACUUGU